GCUACCAGGCCCAGUUGAUUUUUCAUACAACGAAGCCAAGCGGUAAAGGGAUGGCACACAAGAGGGGAAGACCGACAGAAAGCCGCCUGGAAAGGGUACAGGAGAUCAUUGCAGAUGAUCCAAAAGCUCGUGAACAUUUUGAGAACAUGUACCAGAACUGUGGUGUCCCUCGAUGGUUGAGGGAAGCCAUUUCUACAUUCAUUGAGCAACAGUCGUGGUGCAAUGUUGACUCUGCACAAGGAUUAUUCGCCGAGUUCAUUGCUGAAGCUUUCUUUGCAGUUCUUGAUCCCGAUCAUGAGAAAAGCUUGAGUAUUCAUUCGAGUACGGUAAAGGAUUUAAAGUCAAGAUACCAAGAGCAUCCUGAAACGUUUAUCCAGAACAUGCGUAGUUGUGUAGAGAUGGAAGUAAACAUCAUCUCAGCAAAAACAGUUGUAAGAGUUGAAGAAUAUGCAGCCGAACCAUCCAGUUCUGCCGAGAUAGCAACGAGGGCGUACCAUGAUAUGACGGUCAAAGAUAUUGUGGGUAACGAUUCAAAAAAACAACGAAUGCAGCCUACUGAAUCAAACCUCAUGUUACAUGAGAGGAUGCAAGAAGUCUCUGAGAUGUUCAGGAAAGAAGUGGACGCAUGCUUCGAGCGUCGAAAGCAAUGGCAAAGGGAAGAUGAUUCAAUACAUUAUCGGGACCAAAAAGAUCUCAAACAGAACAGCCUUGAUGAAGUUAUACAAAUCUUUUGUGGCACUGAUGAGAACUUCAAGAAAAUCAAAGACGUUUAUGAUAAUAUAAAGGAGAUUUUUGCUCACCUGUGUACAGGGAAAUUGGAUGAAGCAUUCCAAAAUAUAAACAGCCUACACGUAGAACUUGUAGCCAGGUCAUUUGUGCUUGUGGGGCUCACGAAGAGAAUUUUCAGCAUGGAAAAGAAAAAAAAAGCAGAUACUUUCCAAUUCAGGAUCAAAUCAUUGUUGGGAUUAGGCAUCAGAAAAAUCACCUCCAUUGGUUUGUAUAGUAAAGCCAACCAACGAAUAGCUGAAGUCAAGUACAGGAAAUUUGAUGAUACACAAGCUUUGUUGGAUGGAGUUUCUGUUGUGGACUUCACAAGAAUGAAAAGUCAAAAUUGUGCAUCUGAGCCAUGUUUCCUGAAGAUUGAUGUCCAAGAUUCUCAAAUGAAAGAUUUUCAGGUGAAGAGUGGCCCGUGUCUCUGUGCUAGUCAUACCCAAGUGUCGAAAGCCACUGGCCUUCUGAUGUGGAUGCUGGCCUUCCCUUCAAAUGAGGGAUGUUAUCAUAGAGAAGUCGACUGGAAGGAAUUCCUGUCCGUCUUGUGCUGCUUUUGGACGAGGGAAACGAAAGGGUGUACACUUUUAGAAGAGAAUAAAGAAUGUCUGGCUGAUUACUUUGGCAACCCAGAUGGCAUAGACACGUUCAAGAUAACUCUCGUUAACGUAUUUGAGGAGAAAGUGCCAUCACAAGAAAAGGACAAGAAGAAAUUAUUCACAAUGUGGGAAUGGUUCAACGGCUGCAUUAACCUUGUGAGAGAAUACCCUGAACUCUUCCAAAAAAGGCUUAUCCAUGGACUUGUAACCAAGGAACGAGCAAGGAAAAUGUUGGAUAGUAGUGAAAAGAAGGAUGGAGCAUUUCUGAUACGAAUUUCCCAGACCUUUCUCGACAGAAGGACCAAGCCAUAUGCUGGACUCUCCAUAGUUGUUCAACAUUGGAACAAAAAAGAACGUAAAUAUACAUUGAUACAUGGUGAGAUGUUUAGUAUCAAUCAUCCAGGCAAUGAACAAGGAGUCUUGCCCAAGGAGAUGGCAUUUGGAAGGUGGCUGAUGUCAUUCGCUGCAGAUUCAUCUAUUGGUGAAAACAGCAAAAAAGUAUAUCUGAGUCAUUUGUGUGGAAGGACUGAACCUGUGGGAGAGACCUUUGGAAAAUACACAUAUCGUGAUACAACAAGAAGUAAAACCUCUGACUACACAACUUUUGGGCACGCAAGAUUCUUUGACUGCAGGAAACCAGACCAGGCCAUCUGUGAUGUGCCUCCUGGGCGUUACGAGCAACUCCUGGAACUGUUGCCACAGCUACAUGAUUGCUGUGAAAUUUCCCCUCCGCAGCAACCAUACUGCAUCAUUUUACAGUCACCCAACUCCCAGUCCCCGAAAUGGGCGGUUUGGCCAUUGCCACAAGGUGACAUAGAUUCAAGUACCACUCAAAAAGGACCUGCACAGCCAAUUCUAGCUGUGGAUGGCAUUCACUGUGAUGAAAACAGUGUCCAACCUGAGGAGACUACUGAAUGCAGUGAAUCAAGAAUGGAAUCAGACAUGCCUUUUGAUCUAUCACCCUCCCAAAAUGGAUAUACAAAUGGCAUUGGUACUUCAGGCCUUGGCCGGUGUACCGAAAGCAGCAGUAAUGAUUCGAGUGAUUUGUCUCUAGAAGAAAUUGUCACGGUCCUGGAAGAUCCAGAUUUUAAAGUUACUGGCAGUAAAGCUCCUACAAAACUUGAUUGUACUCAACUACCAAGGCAUUCCGCUGAUACGUUGGGGGAUUCUGCAUCCAACAUUAGACCAGGAUCAUGUACUUCAGCAGACACUCCUCAAAGCAGUCCCUUCACUAAUUCCGCAUUAGAUAUCUCGCCACAGAGUGUGCAAAACUACCGAAACAAACAGAGUUCUAAAUCAAAUGGCCAAGUGGUCCCGUCGAUAUCACCUUGGAGUGAUCAAUCCUCACCAGCAGAAAGUAUAUCAUCCCAAAGGGCCAAUCAUAGCUCAUUCUUCAAAGACUUCAGUCCUAACGGGGUUGUCCAUCCUAACGACGCUGUCAGUCCUUCGAUGAAUGCUUUACCCCAAUCAGUGGAGAGCAUGAAUUUAGAUAUGGAUUAGGACCAUCUCUGAUAUAUAUAUUGGGUAGAUCUAUAUAUGCACUAAAUUUCACUGGAGUAAAAGAAAUGAUUAAGAAGUUGUUAACCCCCUGAAGUUCGGCAUGUUUCUUUUAUCAACCUGUCGCUUGUGUAUUUCUGGUGCACCUGUAAAUUUUUGUAAAUAAUUACAUGUAUGAUACUGAGUUGAUACUCUGAGAGUGUAAAUGAUAGUAUUUUGCUGAAUUGCUGUGUUGGUCAGUGAUAACGAUCAUCGAGUAAUUGUGCAGGAGGUUAUAGAUCUAACCAUUCUAUUAAUGGUGGUCCAACACUUAAUAUGUAUAUAUCUUUUCACAAUUCAGAUCUUAUGGUCUACUUCCCUCUUACUAAUAAACAUAAGUCGUAGUUCCACCUAUCAUAAAACCCCGUGUUUUUUCAAGACCCGUGUCUUCGCCGUGUGUCAAAAACCCGGGGCGCACUUACACCUAUCAGUGGUGUUAGAUAAUGGUUAAUAGCCCCGGCGACAGGUGCACUGUAGGUAGGGAGCUCUCCUGUGUUUCUUUCCCGUUGGAAGGGAAUUUCGCGUGCACAAUACCGAGGCAACUACACCGCGCCAUCUUUCGCCGGGUCUUAGAACUUGCAAUUGCCGGGGCUAUUCAGAUUCCACCUAUCCAAAAACCCGUGUUGAACACGGGUCUAAAUUAGCCCCCGAUUAGCCCCAUCGAGCUCGAUGGGGCUAAUAGACACGGGGAUUUGACACACGGGUCUAUUUAGACACGGCAAUUCAUAGGUGUAAGCGCAAAAGACACGGGGAUUUGAUAGGUGGAAGUACGACUAUAUAUAUGGUUGCUAGCUUGUGGGAAAUUGUUUUAAAACUUGUUAUGUCUGUGAUAAGUUUUAUUUGUGAGUGUAAGAUGUAACUCUUUGGCUGUGUAGCUACAUCACCAAAGUUCAGCUAUUUACUACUGUUUCUUAGCUUGACAGUACGGCAGCAGAUUAG